UGGUCGUUACAGAACUUGGUCCCUAUAAAAAGCGGAGCUGGUCGCAGAGCAGCUCAGACUUUCUCCGCUCAGGUUCACCUUCCAGACAAAGAUGCGCGUUAUGGAGCGCAGUUUCCGAGAGCAGCUCUUCUUUCUGGUGUUGUGUCUGUCUGUCCUCAAGGGAGACUCCAGAUAUAUAGAGAACAACGAGAUCUCAAAAGAUGAAUUAUAUUCAUUUUUCAACUCGGAACUCAAGAGAGAAAUACCUGAGGAGUUAAUGUAUCGCCGACCUUUACGCUGUCUGGACAUGGUUGCAGUGGAGGGUCAGUUCACCUUCACAGCGGAGCAUCCUCAGCUCAGCUGUGCUGCUUUCUUCAUGGCAGAGCCCACUGAGGUGAUCAGUGUGGAUUUUGAUAACGUGGACAUCGACUGCCGGGGAGGGGACUUCAUCACGGUGUUUGACGGCUGGGUGAUGAAAGGAGAGAAGUUCCCCAGCUCCCAGGAUCACCCGCUGCCUGUGUACGAGCGCUAUGUGGAUUACUGCGACUCGGGAUCACUGAGGAGAAGCGUGCGUUCCUCCCAGAACGUGGCCAUGGUCUUCUUCCGUAUUCACAACUCUGGCAGCACCUUCACCCUGACCGUUAGGAAACACAUCAACCCCUUCCCCUGUAAUGUCAUCUCCCAGUCACCAGAGGGCAGUUACACAAUGGUGAUCCCGCAGCAGCACAGAAACUGCAGCUUCUCCAUCAUAUAUCCAGUAGAGAUCGACAUCUCAGAGUUCAGCCUGGGACACUACAACAACUUCCCCAAGAGGUCCAUGCCUGGAUGUGCAGAAUCCGGAGAUUUUGUGCAGCUGCUGGGAGGAAACGGCAUUGACACAUCAAAGCUGCUGCCCAUUACAGACCUCUGCAUUUCCUUCACUGGUCCCACUCACAUGAAAAUUGGUUGUGAUAACACAGUGGUGAGGAUGGUGUCCAGCGGGAAGUUUGUCAACCGAGUGUCUUUCAGCUACCGGCUACUGGACAGCCAGGAACUUCAAACGAUCAAACUCAAUAAUGUGGAAGAUUUCUGUUUCAACAACUGAUUCCAGCAGGAUUAUUAAGUGACAAAUGUAUCAUUUGACUGCAAACAUUUUUUUUUUAAUUAUUUUAUUAUUAUUAUUUAUUAAAGCAACAGAUCCACUUGGUCAUAUCUCAACGAUUAGACAAAAUGUCUUAAAUCCAAAGACAAUGACAUAAAACUAUGUGAAAGAUAAAGUAUAUACAGUCACAGCAAUUAUUAUGAUAUUCAAACUAUAAAAUUCACUGGACUUUCUAUUUUUUUUCUUUUCAUUUUUCAUCUUAUUUCUUGGUGUUGCUAAAUAAAGCUGGAUGAAGUGUCCUUUUGUGUUUGGUUUAACCACAGUUGUUUUUCAUUUUGCUUUGUGUACAAUAUGUGUAUUUAUUAAGAUGAUAUUGCUGUUCUGUUACGUUAUGUAUGGGUUUGUGGUCAACAUUCUUGAAAAGGAAUGGUGCUAAAAUGAAUGUUACUUUCUGAUUAUUUUGCUGAAUGAUACAUGAUGCGCUGAGUCAUUUCUUGCCACAGAUGGCAUAGAGGGUAAUAGGUGUUCAGAGUGACAAAUACAAGUAUUCAUUGCCAUUAUGCAGUUAAAUUUGUAUAAAACAUUUUGUAAUAAAAUUAUCCUGCAUGACAAAGC